CUACAUUUAGGCCUUUAAUACUGUCUGGCACACAGUAGGUACUCAAGACAUGCUUGUUGAGUGAAUGCCUUUCUGUGGCCCUGGGGUGAGGAGCUAUGAGCGAUGGCCCACUGUGGAGGAAUCCCGUGGGUAGUGUUAGGGUUGUGCAGAUUCUGGGAGAAUCACCGAGAGCUGGGACCCGCCCUGUCCCCAGCGUGGGUGUUCUUACAGUCUGAUACGUUCACACACAUCACACCUUUAUUCCUCACCCUCGCAACACCCCGGAGAGGCAGACAGUGGCAUCCCCAUUUUACACGUGGGAAAACUGAAGCACAGAGAGGCUAGGUAGCAUAGGAAGGUCACAGAGGGCUUUAGCGGAGGGUCCGGGGCAGACGCAUGCCUUUAGACCCUGUCCCUGUGUUUAUUCACCCCCAUCCUCCAGUGCUCACUAACCACCCAGCACCCCCUGCCCUGCUUCCUUGUCCCCCUGCCCCAGAAGCCUCCACGUGUUCAACCCCGCGUUUCCUCUUCUCCCAGCUCCAGGGCGGGCUCUGCAGGGCAGUCCUCGCCUGCCAGGAAGAGCUAACAAGGAGUGUUUGUAGCAGCCGCUGUCUCCAAGGAGAGGAGAGGAGAGUGGAGAGGCCACACCAGGCUCCACUGAGGUCCGGCUGGCAGUGGGGGGUGGGAGGCAGCCGGCGGGACCUGCCCAGCUCUGGAGGCGAGACAGGAGUGUCCUCACUUCCAUCCGUCCUGGCAGGGGGCGAACUCUGGGUCCCCUGGGCAGCCAGAGAGGGAGAGUGCUGCAGGACCCCCCAGCAGGGAAGGUGCUGGCAGGGACUGAGGAAUGUGGGGAGGGGGCGGGACCAGGCCAGCCCCGUGGAGGCGGCUGAAGCCAGUGGCGAGUGGCAGAACCUGAAAUCAGAGGCUCUCAGAGGGCAGAAGGGGAGCCGGGAGUCAGAGAGAACCAGCCAAGACACAGCAGGCGGCAGGAGGGAAGACAAAGCAGCGGGAGAGAAGAGGCGCCCUCCUCCUCCUCCUCCUCCUCCUCCUCCUCCUCCUCCGCUGAGGGCCAAGCCAUGUCCCAGCGAGGGGGACGCAGGAGGAGGCCUGGGGCCCCUGGGCCUCCGCUGCGCAGCGUCCGGCCCUUUAAGUCCAGCGAGCAGUACCUGGAGGCCAUGAAGGAGGACCUGGCCGAGUGGCUCCGGGAUCUCUACGGGCUGGACAUCAGCGCCGCCAACUUCCUGCAGGCGCUGGAGACGGGCCUGGUGCUGUGCCGGCACGCCAACGCCGUCACCGAGGCCGCCCUGGCUUUCCUGGCUGCGGCGCCCGCCCGCGCCCGGAGGGUUCCCGUGCCCCGGGCGGGGGUGACCUGCAAUGACGCUGCCCGGCCAGGCACCUUCCAGGCCCGGGACAACGUCUCCAACUUCAUCCAGUGGUGUCGCCAGGAGAUGGGCAUCCAAGAGGUGCUGAUGUUCGAGACGGAGGACCUGGUGCUGCGCAAGAACGUGAGGAGCGUGGUGCUGUGUCUGCUGGAGCUGGGCCGCCGCGCCUGGCGCUUCGGGGUGUCGGCGCCCACCCUGGUGCAGCUGGAGGCCGAGAUCGACGAGGAGCUGCGGCGGGAGCUGGCCCUGCCCCCGCCCGACCCCCCGCCGCCCGCGCCGCCCCGGCGCAGGCCCUGCCACUUCCGCAACCUGGACCGGAUGGUUCAGAGCCUCGUGAGCCACUGCACAUGCCCAGUGCAGUUCUCCAUGGUCAAGGUGUCCGAGGGGAAGUACCGUGUGGGGGACUCCAACACCCUCAUCUUCAUCCGGGUCCUCCGGGACCACGUGAUGGUGCGCGUCGGGGGCGGCUGGGACACCCUGGGCCAUUAUCUGGACAAACACGACCCCUGCCGGUGCACAUCCCUCUCACACAAGCCACGCAGCUUCCGGAAGCCCCCAGCCCCGCCGGCGCAGCACGAGGUGCGGGUGCUGGAUGAGCCCUGGCAGCCGCAGCCCAGGAUGACGGUCAGCCGCUCUCAGAGCCCGCCGCCGCCUGUGGACUGGAAGACGUACACCUGUUCAGGCCGGAAGCCGAGGCCGCCCGCCGCCUCCCCCACGCCUCGCCGUGAUCGGGGAGCAGGGGCGGGGGUCCUCAGGGAGACAACGCCAUUCCUAAGGUGCCAGGAGAGGCCACCCACCCCACCUCCGAGGCGGCUGCCAGCUGAGGACAGCUCACCCAGACCCCAAUCCUCACCCACCCCACAGUGCACCUCCUCAGGGAGGAGGGCGGACAGACACCCCCCUGAACUCCCCAGGGGAAGGACUCCUGCGUCUUGGGUUCAUGGGGAGACAGACAGCUGGGGAACCCAUUCCAGGGCCUCCACCCCCCAGAGACUCCGAGCCCCCGAGGCUACUGCUCCAGGAACGCCAGCACGAGGACCAUCUCCGCUGCCUCGUUACUCCAGCCCCUCAGCCAGGCCCCCGGGCCCCAGGAAGCCGCCUCGGGGGGAUGCUCCCUCCCAGCUCGGGGAGCCAGUGCCUGUCCGUCCUCCAUCCCCUGCUAAAGGACCCACCGAGACCGCUGCCCAGCGGGCCCCCGCCCGACCUCCCCCUCCAGGAGGAAGCUGUCCAGGUCUCACCACAGACCCGGAAAGAAGCUCCAUGCCACCAGGGGCCGCCGCUGGAGUGCUGGCUGGGUCCAGUCGUGGUGGGGACUGCUCAGUGGAAGGAAGGCCAGGGGUCUGGAAGCUGGACAUCUGGGUGACAGCAGAAGCUGGACAGUCUCAGGACCUGGACACGCCCCUGACCCCGGACGGGACCCGGAAGCCAGCCAUCUGCCACACACUUGAGGAGGAGCUUUUGGCCAACAUGAAGCUGCUAGAGGUGGGGACUGCCCACCCCCAGGGCCCAGGUUCUGGCCUCAUCCCUCGCAGUGGAGUCUACGUCCCUGGCCUGCGGGGGCGGUGGCCUGAGCCUGGGGGUCCUUAUGACGAAGUCAUCCAAGAACUGGCGCGGGGCCCUCCACCCCUCACUAAAGUGGACCUGGGAGCCUGGAAGGCUGCCCCUCCCAGCUCCCCUAAGCUGGCAGUUACCACAGGCCCAGGAAGCCCAAGAGGGAAACUGGGAGCCGGAGAGAGUGGGCCAAGGUCAAAGGCAGCCCUGAGUGCCACGGACGCUGGCAUGAGGAAGGUCCCAGCUCCAGGAGGGCAGGACCGCUCAGCCCCUCCCGUGGGUGCCAGCCUGGCAGCCCCCGCACCUUCGCCCUUGGACCCAAAUUCUGACAAAGCCAAGGCAUGCCCCGGCAAGGGCAGGAGAGCACUGCGGACGCCCCAGAGAGUGCCGUCUAUCUACAAGCUGAAGCUGAGGCUCAGAAUCCGGCCCCGGAGAGACCACAGGCCUGAGAAGCGGCCCUCGCGAAUCCCUAAACCCCUGACCUACCUCCGCCUGGGUCCAGCCAGGGCGCCCCCUAGCGGCAGGCCGGAAAGAGCGUCAGCGCUGGGCAGGAAGGGAGGGGAGGCAGCCCUGGUGGAUGGAGCGGGGGCAGGGGAGAAAGAAGAAGGAAAGGAGGAGAAAGAGCCAGCCAUUCCACGGGAGAGCAGACCCCAGUGUGCAGAGGGCCUGGGGCCUCAGCGGCUGGAUCCACUCCCUCCCGAGGAAGAGUCCUGGGUCUAAGGAGGGUCUUCUCAUCCCGGGGCCAGGGAAAAGAAUGCCCAGGUAGCCACUGGGAUCCCAGCUGCAGGAACAGAAGGAAGGGUCCCUCACCUCGAUGUAGGGCCUUGUCCAGGAGGGCUCAGAAGACAAACAGAGCAUCCAUCAGCUCAGACUAGCAAAUGGGACCACCCAUCACCCCCAUUCCAACUCCAGAAUUGGGAUAGGGGCAGUGGGGCCACCCUGUAUGGUAUCGCCCUCCCCCAGAGCAGCUCCCCAAACUCCUGUCCUCAGGCCGUGCCCACUGUUUCCACAAUGUCUGUAAGUUAUUAAACACGGGUGGGUCUGUCCUUGAGUGCCCAGCUUGAGUUGCUCUCUCUAGGGCUGUAGUGAUGCAGGAAAGCGUAGCCUCAGACAUUCUCCACCGGAGGGAAGAGGAUGGGGAGGGAGCGGGGGUGAGAGAGGCGGUCUUUCUCUCCUGAGGUUCAGCCAGCCCUGCCCCCAGAUAGCCCAUCUCCUGGAGGUGGCUGGUGCGUCAGCACCACGGACAGGGGCAAUGGCCACCAACACAGGCUCCUGGGAGACUUCAAAGCUCGGCUCUGGGGCUUGGGGACUGAGAGCCCUGGAGUCCAGAGGGAUGGUUACCAUAUCCACACCCGUGACGUCAUGGCAAAGGGAUCACAGAGGCUCCGUGGGGGUGAGACGGACCCGGGGGUUGAGUCCAGUUAUGCAAGGUGUCCCGAGCACAGCAGAGGGAGAUGCGCUUCCCCUCCGGAGGGUUCUGGUCAGUGGGAAGGCCCAGGGGUAGGUGGAGUGGAGGUGAGUCCCAUCCUCUUCCCCGUGGUCCUUCUGGUUGCCCUGAGCCCCCAAACUCAGGCCACCCCAGCACCCAUGCCCAGCAGAGCUCUGUAGGGAGCCCCUUCCUUUCCACCCCCAGACACGGAGCCGACACCUCGGUACAGAAACGAGGGAAAACACUCCCUGAUUUUUAAUCUGACUUCCGUUCACAGCGCAAUGGGCGUCGCACACACUUCCAGACCCUGUGGUGGGAAACCGUGGGUGGGGGGGGGAGGCAGGGAGAAGGACAAAGACUCAGAAUGGGGGGUGGAGGAAACAGAAACCAGACCUGGGUGAGCCGAGGGGGUGAGGUGGGACGGGCAGGCAAUACAUUCCAAUGGCUCCCUCGGGGGCAGCCAGAGACCUGGGUCCCCCCGCCCCCCCACUUCAGGAGCCUCAGAGCUGGGGGCGACGGUGGCGAUGAGAUGCUGCCAUCCCUCACCCUGUCCCCCUGGUGAACCAGGGAGCGGGAUGCAGGAUGGAGCGGGCAGGCCCUCUUCCGUACCCUCCCGCCACUCGGGGUGUGGGGAAGGGGAGCCACCUCCUCUGCAGCAGAGGGCGGCUCAGAGGGCAGGUCACUUGCCCCAAGUCAUGUAGCACAACGGGGACUAGACCCAGGGAGACCCCGGACGGCCCGGGUCAGGGCGGUCCUUGUCGGGCUGUGCUACCCAGGUGGGUGGAGGGGGAAUCAGCUGGGAAAUUCAUAGAUUCCCUCUCCCACUAGAUCUGGAUGAUAAACUCCCCACCCACAAACCCUCCCCCAGACUCCUCUCCAUCACCGCUCUGGGCUACCUGAUUGCCUGGUCUAGCCAACCACGCUGGGCCAGGUCAAGGCCGAGAUGUCCUGUCCGCCCCUCUUCUAACAAGGAACCUUGCCGUCCUCCCAUCAGCCCGGGGCUGAGGGUUCAGCCUCAAGGAGAACUUGGCCUGGGGGGCAGGGAACACGCCCCGUUUUGUGGCCUCCGAGUCCCCCAGGCAUCCCUCAGGCUGCUCCUGGGACCUUCAGUUAUUUUUGUUAUUUCUAAGUCGAUACAAAACUGACAGUGAUCAGCUCUGGUGAGGAGAGGUAGAAACCCGGCCGGGCAGCCGGAGAAGACGGGGUGGAGUGAGUCAGGGCCAACUGGUGUUGGCACAGGAAGUGUUGAUCCUGAGGGCCUCCAUCCAGGAGGGGCGAGAGGAGGACGCAGGCCUAUCUCCCUCGAGCAAGGGGGUCCCCAUCAUUCUUUUCCUGCCUCUACCCCUCCCCAGAUUAAUCAGGGUAACCUGAGAUUCAAGCAGGGGCAUCUGAUUGGGGUGGAUGGAAAAGCAGAGCCUUUGCUGGCACAACCUGGGCCCCAACCCCCACCCUGGGAACCAACCUGCCCCCCUCCUCCCAAACUCCCCAAACCCAGCAUCCCCCGAUCUAACGCCACCCAAUCCAGGAAGGAACAGGGGGCUGGAACCUGGCAUCAUGGGAGUACACCUCUCCUUCGGGGGAGUUCCUCUCCACACUCUGCCA